AAGAUUGGCGCCGGCGCGACAGCUGAUCAUUAUUCGUUCAUUCAUUUCUGAGGUGGAACUCUGAAGCAUUCAAUUGACAGAAUGGCUAACGUUAGACGCAGUGGUCGCAUCACAUUACAAGCAAGAGAUGAGAACGCACCGGAACAGAAUGUCAAGAUCGCACGAAAAAGAAAAUCUGAGACAUCAAAAAAGAUGCCACCCGCAGUGAAGAAACAAAGCUAUGAAAUACAGAAACGGUGGUCAGAAGAAGGGGCAAGUCCAUGUGUCCUUGUAGAAACACCACACAAGGAGCUUGUGAUGACCAGAGACAUGUCUGGCUUCAAGCAGUUCCGAUUCAAAAACAUCUUCAUCAAGACCUCACCGCUGCCCUGCCUCAGCUGGGCCAGCUCGGAUGACGUGUGGAUUAAGAUGCUGAACAAGGAGCUGAAGUAUGUCCAUGACAAGGGCUUCCUACAGCAGCACCCCAAACUAAAGCCCAAGAUGAGGGCCAUUCUCCUGGACUGGCUUCUAGAGGUGAGUGAGGUGUACACUCUGCAUCGAGAGACUGCUUAUCUGGCUCAGGACUUCUUUGACCGCUUCAUGCUGACACAGGAUGAUAUGGCGAAGGACCGACUGCAGCUCAUAGGAAUCACAGCCCUCUUCAUCGCAUCGAAGAUGGAGGAAAUCUACCCUCCAAAGCUCCAUGAGUUUGCCUACGUUACUGACGGAGCCUGUGAGGAGGAAGCGAUCCUGGAGAUGGAACUUGUCAUGUUGAAGGCGCUGAACUGGAACCUGUGUCCAGAGACGGUGAUCACAUGGCUGAAGCUCUAUGCUCAGGUGGAGUCUCUAAAGGAUGGUGUCAACUUCCUGGUACCUCAGUUCUCUCAGGACACCUACAUCCAGAUCACACAGCUUUUAGACCUGGCCAUCCUGGACAUCAACUCUCUGGACUACCAGUAUGGGAUACUGGCUGCUGCUGCCUUCUGCCAUUUUUUCUCAUUUGACGUUGUCCACCAAGUAUCAGGUCUGACGUGGGAUAGUAUUGCUCCCUGUGUCCGGUGGAUGACCCCCUUCAUGCGCACGGUCAGCGCCUGUCCCAGAGCAGAGCUCAAGGACUUUAAGAAAGUGACGUUUGACGAAAGACACAACAUCCAGACCCACGUAGACUACCUGUCCAUGCUGAGCGACGCUCACCAGAGGCAACCGGACAGCCAAGAUAGACUAUCGCCUGCUGCCAUAGGAGGGAUAUUGACUCCACCAAAAAGCACAGAGAAACCAGCCAAUCACUGAGCCCCAGGGUCUCCUUGUGUUGAUCUUCUAACCAACCAGAUGAAGGGAGAAUUCCCUAGAUGUCAUGCCUGACCAGCCAGAGGCUGGGGAACUUCGGAACCAAUCAAAUUAGCUUUUGGGCAUAACUCACCUUUGUGUAGCAUGUUAAAAUGAGUUAUUUUACUUUUUAUACCAAGCUGUAUAUCAGUAUAUAUGCAGUACAACCAUGGAAAUCAGCUCAUGGUUACUAUAUUGACAUAUUUCGUCAAAUGAUUGCAACAAAGACCCUGUUCUUGCAGUCUUAAUCCCCAGAAUUUGAGUUGACUCAAGCCUUUCUCCAUAGGAAAGCAUGUCUGCUGCUCCCCCUUUGUUACUUGAAGCUGAACAUCUCAAGACAUGGGAUGUUUUGAUGGCUAAAAAGCUCAUUAUUUUGAGGUGAAUUGGUACAUGAUGCUCACAGUUGAGUUGCUUAACUCUGUCUCUUAACAAUGUGUAAUAAUGUGUAUCUGGUGCUGUGUAGUUUAAAUCUGGGUGCUCCUGGAAAUGCUUAGCCAUACAGUAACACUGAAAGCAGUCUUGAUGUUUGCUCUGGUGACAUUUUAAACAUUUGAGCUGUUUUGAAAGGGUAGUGCAGGGCUAACUGUUUACUACACAACCUUCUUAAACACUUUUUGAAGUUGUGUCUUCUCACCACGCUGUGAACGACUCGCUGUGUCUUCUCACCACGCUGUGAACGACUCGCUGUGUCUUCUCACCACGCUGUGAACGACUCGCUGUGUCUUCUCACCACGCUGUGAACGACUCAUUGCAUUCUCCUGCCACAACACAUUCCUGGACAACUUGACUUCAGUAGUUUGAUUUACAUUUUAACAUUGUAUUUAUUUGUUCAUUUAAGCCUUACAAUGUUUUUAUGUCCAUAUACAUUCAUAGGGCUAUGAAUUCAGGGCUUUCACAAUGCCAAAGGCAAACAAUUGAGUCACGGGAUGCAUGUUAUUUAUGACUUUAUCUGUUAUUGGGUGGGAAAACCCGGUAUAAUGCAGUUACAUAUGAAAUGUUGUAGUUUUGCGCCAACCUGUCCGUGGUGCCUUAGUUGAACUACUAUGGUGAUAGUGUGAUGUGAAGACUUGAGAACCCAAGAGGUUCCAGUGCAGGGCUCCAACCCAGUCAGUCUAGCAAACCUGUGACUGUCAACUGAAACCUUCAGUGUUGUGCAGAUGUCUGCUGAGGCAGCAGUAUACAAAGAACCAUGUUUAAACUGUAAAUGAAAUACUAAUGUAUAUAUGUUAUGUACAUAAACUCAAAGUUUUCUAAUGGAA